AGCAAAUUAAAAGCGCAUUUACCAUUAAAACGUGGAAAUGUGUAAUUGUUAGUAUCUCUACAAUCGCUAUUAGUAAAUGAAAUAUUUUUAUUAAAGUACUAUUACACAUACAACAAUAUAUAUAUAACAAUAAUUUUGGUUUCUUGAAUCUUUUAUCUUUUAACAUUGACACUGUAAUCAAAGAGUGAAUUGUAACCAAAAAGUGAGACAAGGUUACACAAGACGGUACUUUUCAAUUGCAAUGGACGCAGAACUAGUAACGACACCCUAUUUUUCGAUUUUAACUUAUUCCCUGUUGGCUACGUUCAUCACAGGAUUAAUUGCACUGUACUACUAUGUCGAAACCAACCGAGCAGUUCGUUUUGUAAAAAAACUUCCACAUCCACCAGCAUUACCUAUUUUAGGCCAUUCAUAUAUAACUUUUGGAUUAUCUCCCGAAAAAGUGUUAAAAACAGGUCUUGAACAUUAUACAACACUCACUAAAAACGCUGAUUCUAAUCUAGUAGCCUUGUACUUGGGUACAAAAGCAUUAAUCUUUUUGAUAGAUCCAGAAGAUAUUGAAGUAAUCUUAAGCAGUUCUGUGCAUCUCGAUAAAGCCGAAGAAUAUAGACUGUUCAAGCCGUGGCUAGGGGACGGUUUAUUAAUCACAAAAGGCAACAAAUGGCGCAGACACAGGAAGGUAAUUGCACCUACGUUUCACAUGAGUAUCUUAAAGACGUUUGUACCGUUAUUUUAUGAGAACAGUAUAGAUCUUGUAAACCGACUUCGCGAGAAAGUUGGAAAGGAAUUCGAUUGCCACGAUUAUCUAUCUGCCGUAACAGUUGACAUUUUAACGGAAACAGCAAUGGGAAUCAAGAGGGAAAAAAGACAGAAAACCGGAUACGAUUAUGCCCAGGCUGUGAUGAAAAUGAGCGAUAUCUUACACCGAAGGCAUUACGAUCUCGCAUUACGUUCAGAUCAGAUUUUCAAAUAUUCUAAGUUUUCCAAAAUUCAAGAGAAACUGUUAAAAACUAUUCACACACUGACAGAACACGUAAUCCAUGAGAAAUCAAUUGACGUUGAGGAAAAACAUACGAAAGAGCAAAAACUAAAAGAAGAACAAUACGAUAAACCAAGUGAAAAUUUGAAUGUAACCGAAAAUACCAAAAACAAAGACGUUAAUUACAAAAUGCAUUACGUAAGAGAUGAUCUCGAUGACAUUGAUGAGAAUGAUGUAGGUGACAAAAAACGACUUGCCUUCCUAGAUAUGAUGUUCGAAUUAAAAAAAAAUGGGCAGAUGACUGACGAGGAAAUUUGGGAGGAAGUGAACACUAUUAUGUUUGAGGGUCAUGAUACCACGGCAGCUGGCUCGAGUUUUGCACUUUGUGUCUUAGGGAAUCAUCCAGAUAUUCAGGAUCGUGUACAUGAAGAAUUAGACGCAAUUUUUGGCGAUAGCGAUAGACAAUGCACUUAUCAAGAUACUUUAGAAAUGAAAUAUCUUGAGAGAGUUAUAUUAGAAACUCUGAGACUUUUCCCACCAGUACCUUUAAUUGCUAGACAUCUUAACGAGGACGUGAAAAUAGGCAAUCAUGUUCUUCCAAAGUCUGCCACAGUAUUGAUCGUGCAAUUUUUAACCCAUCGUUUAGAGAAAUAUUAUCCAAAUCCAUUAGCUUUUAAUCCAGACAACUUUUUACCAGAAAAAAUGCAACAAAGACAUUAUUAUGCCUUUAUACCUUUCAGUGCUGGGCCAAGAUCUUGUGUGGGGAGGAAAUUUGCUAUGUUGAAAUUGAAGGUGUUAUUGUCGACAAUACUAAGAAAUUACCGUGUAAUUUCUAAAAUUCCGGACAGUAAUUUUAUGCUGCAAGCGGACAUUAUUCUAAAAAGACACGAUGGAUUUAAAAUUAAAGUCGAACCGCGCAAGCCAGCAUUUCCUAAAGAAGAAAAAAUAUUUUAAAAUAACAUUUAAAACGCAGAUGAAAAAAUUGAUAUAUAUGUAUAAUAUGUGUUUAUAUAAUAUAUAUAAUUAUUAUUAGACUUCAAAUUAUAUGCAAAUUGUCUAAUUAUUAUUUUUUGCAUAGUCUGUUAGAGCAUUAAUAAGGUAAACAAAUUAUAAUGUUUUUAACUUAAUUAGUUAAAAACACAUUAAUUAAUUAAAAUUAAUUAGUUAAAAACGUUAUAAUUUGCUUACGUUAUUAAUAUUUUAAUAGAAUAUUUAAAAAAACAAAUAUGCAAUUUGCAUAUAAUCCAAAGUCUAAUCAUUACAUUUAAAAUACUAAAAAUAUCGUUUGACACGCUAUACUUUAAACUUUAUUUAUCUAUAAAACGUAGAUUUGCGUUACUUAUUUGCUUUACUUUAUUUCUUUUUUUGUUAAUUUAAUAAAAGUUAAUAAUUAAUUAUU